AUGGCCGACGUCCUGUCCGCCGUAAUAAACGACGACCAUCCGCUUGCCUUGGAACUAUCGAGUCUCCGCGCAGCCGUAUCCAGAUACCAGCACGAAGCCCAUUCGGCCUCUCUCAAGUUACAAAGGCACUCGCUAGAGACCUUGCAAGCCCUUGACCAUGCGCGCGCUUUGGAACGCGAGAAUGCGCGUCUGAAGGAGGAGGUUGCGGUCCUCAGGGCCAACCCGGAUACCACCCCGACCCCAGCCGCGAACCAAGUUCCUGAACUCACCCUCGCUCUUCGUCGUCUCUCGGACAAGCUCACUGCAGUUGAGGAGACUCUACUAGCUCGUACUCGGGAACUCGUGGACACCCGGAGCGAGCUCGCAGCUGCCCAACAUGAGAUGGAGGCUGCGCGCGCCUUGACUGCGGAGGCGCGUGCUCGGGAGGAGGAGGGGCUGGCUAGAGAACGGGUGCUGGAACAGAAGGUGCGGGCUGUGGAGGAAGAGCGCCGUAUGGCGGAUCUCGUCGUCCAGGAAUACGCCAACCUUGUCCGCAAGCUGGAAGGUAGAGCAAAAGGCCAUACUGUUUCAUCCUCCGUUUCGUCCGUCGACAUUCAGCGCUCAGCCAACGGCUCCACGGCUACCCUAGUGGACAGUCUCGCGGAAGGAAAGCUUGGUCUCCAGAAGUUGCUCGAAGAAUUCAACGGCCGCAACGAGCUACUGCAGGCGGAGAUCGCUCAGCUCCACGGCGACAACGGGCUUCUCUACAAAGAGCUUGAGGUCGCCCGCCAAGGCGCAGAGCACGACCGUGGCGAACUUGCCAGUGCUCUUCACGAGCUAGACAAGUAUCGCGCGGACGAUAACACCGCUACGAAGAUGGUAUCCCGCUAUAUGAAGUUCUCCCAGUCUGCAACAGACACGCUCCAGAAAGCCAUGACCGCACUCAAGAUGCGGCACGCGGCCACGCUUGCCACACUCAAUGCCGAGAUCGUGCAAUUACAGCGUGCCCUCGCCCAUGAGCGCGAGGAUUCGGAGCGCGUCCGCAGCGCGCUAGACGAACUUACGGAGGACAUCGCGCGUGAGGCGUAUGGGCGUCGCCGCGAAGUAUCGCUCCGACUCGCAUUUCUAGGACGUGAAGAGAAUCUCGCAGAGCAUCUCAGGCGAUGGGUGCGGAAGGCCAAGGAGUCUCUCGAGCGCUCUUCUGGUUCCCAAGACGGAUCGCUAUCUUUGAAGCCUGUAAUUCUCAGAGAAGCAUUCGCGAAAGCCACGGCGGACGCGGAGGCGCUGUUAGAUACUCUCAACGGGCAACCAUCGGUUGAGGCAGGCGGCGGUUCUGUAGGCUCCAUAGCGCGUCUGGCGCUGGCCCAGGAUACUGUGGCUUCGCUGACGCACGAAUUGCAAGAGGAGACAGUCCGCAGACUGAACAGUGAACGCAAACUUGCUCGAAUACAGAUCGCGGAUCACCCCGCAGAGCUCAACAAUUUGGAACAAACAUCCGCGGUAGUACAUCCCGUUCCUCAUCACAUCGCCGAGGAGAGACGUUUACUGGAUGUUGGGGUGUCAGCUUCUACCACUCAGAUGACUGUCCCACACGACGUCGCUGCGGAUGGUAUCACCCUUCCCGAGAGCGUGCCUAUUGUGGAGGUCGUGACGGUCCCCUCGGCAGGAGACGUCUCAUCUGCAGUCUCUGCGGCCGGCUCUACCCAGAGUGGUUCUAUAUCCACAACACCCGACGAAGCAUCAUUAUCCGUGCCGACCGACUCGUCUAGCGUGUCACGGAGCAUGGGUCUCGCCGGAAAGGCAGAGGUGAAACCGAAGCCGGAGGAGCCGCGGUCUGAGUCGACUAGUAUGCCCGAGAGAGGCGAGGGGCCGCCUAGGGAAGCGCUCACACUCCAUCCGGUCACCGAAGAUGCUUCUACAGUUACCUUCCCUUCUGUUGCCGGGUCCCCGAUAUCCGAUUCACGGCCAACUGACCUGCCUACGCCUCCACCAGCUGUGCCAUCCCCAGGCUCUGUGCAAGAUUCGGGACCAGUUCCCUUCACCCCGGAAACUCAAACUACUACGCACGUGUCGAAGUCCCAUGCACCACCACCGCUGCCAUUGGAGGCCACCGGACUUGCUCUUUCGUCUCUCUCGCCAAGUUAUCCCAGUACAGCCUUGCCAUCCACUAAGAGCGAGGAGGCUUCUUUGCUCGCCGGCCUAACAAAGGUGAAGCACCGCUACGAUGAUGUCCAGCGAGGUUUCCGCGAUUGCUCCAUAGCGCUCAAGGAACUCAAGAAGGCCUUAUCCUCUCUACCUCCGCAGCCUGUACCGUCGCCUUCUGAAAUGUCCUCCGCCCUCAGGAAGGCGGUUGAAAGGCUCAGCGACUUCAACGAGGAUGCCCGCGUUGAGCUCGAGAUCCGCAUCGCAGACGAAGAGCGCAUAGCAAGUGGCUACGAGGCUCUGCUUUCAAUUCCAGGCGCAAUGUCGAGCCCCGGUGAUGCGGGCGCGGAUAAAAUGGAUGAGAGCGAAGUUGUCAAGGAGGUCCGCGCAUUCGUGGACGGGACCGACCGUGCGAUCUUUAAGGCCAUGCAACAGUUCGUCCAGAAACUCGACGAUCUCGAACACGACAUCGCAUCCAUCAAACGCACGCUGUAUGAACUUCCGUCGGCAUCGGACCUUGCACUCUCGCCCUUGGCCUCGACAUCCUCAGCGAAACUCGGUACCUCUCCGAACUGGUCAGCGUGGACACCGAGCUUCCUAAGCCCCCCACGCUCGACAAGUCCAGCACCCACCUUCGGGUCCGUCAUGACUUCACCGCGUCUCCGUCAUUCGUCCUCGUUCUCACAUCCUCGUGAGCGGUCUAAUGUCGACUCUCCAACAGACCCGCUUGCCGGCCUUGGCCUGCGGAUCGUAGUCCCGGCGCGGAGCCCCACGUACAGUCCAGAGAUGAGCACGAACCCCACAGGGGGUUCUCGUGCCAGCCCUCGGCAGCGCACAACUUCAGGCAUGUUUAUGCUUGGGCUGGGCAUGCGGAGCACGUCGUUCGGACCCAGCAUGGGCCGUCAGGGUCUGCAACAGAUCCCGUCUAGAAACUCGCUGGCGAGUGCGAGCAGUAGUCGAGUGGCGAGCGCACUCUCUUCUAGUCCUACGGAGUCCACGGCGGUGGCGAGCGAGGGGCCAGGUGAUGAUGGCGAGGAUGAGUCGGACGACGUAGAGUGA